UGAUUUUCCCAUGCAACCAAAUGAAGCGGGCGGCUCGCAGUUGCCCUGCCAACCCACAUGAGGACGGUCCUUCCCAAGCUGCAGGAACUCAAACAUCCCGCAAUCCCGCCUUCAGCAGCUUCCAGCAACUGUCGCAACCAGGAAGACACAAGAAAAACUCCACCACCAGACAGUCGCAAAAUUGAGCGCAGGUCGCAAGUUGCAGUUCGCUGGUCGCAACGAUGGUGGGCGCCCAGCAGCCGUUCAUUUACGAGGCAGUCACGAACGGCGACGGUCGCUUCCCAGCUACAACCUUCGACCCUAAAGCUGUUACGCGUGCCAGCUACGAGCCAAAACCGCAAAAACCAAAGCAAAACGGCCCGCUUGUCUCGAUCAACCGUCAUCCCGACGCCCACGUAGUGCCCGGCCAGAGAUCAUGGAAUUUCAAGCCAAUGAGCUUCAGGGCCAAGGGCUGGAUCAAGGGAAUGAGACGUAUGCAGCUAGGGUUCCGCCUUCUUGAGCUGAUCGCCGCCGUCGGUAUCUUUGUCCUUAUGAUUCUCAUCACCAAUGUUGACGACCUGCCCGGCUGGGUCAUCAGGAUCACGCUUGGUGUCACGGCACUUCAUUGCCUUUACAGCAUCUAUCACCUCUCACGGCCGGCCAAUGGGCGCACUCCUGGGACUUCAGCGGCUUAUCACAUCUUUUCUGGAGUCUCCGAUCUCUGCGUCUUGCCUCUGUAUACCUAUGGAGUCCUCACUACGCGCGACCAUGGCCUCACGGAAUGGAUGCCUAGGUGGUCGUCCAACAAGAAGCUCAUGGACUACUUUGUUCCUGCUGUGUACUAUGGACUCAUUACUGCAGUGGGCCUUCAUACUGUCUCACUCGCAAUCUCGCUAUGGCUCGGCGUCAUGUUCCGGCGCAUCACCAUGAUGCCGCCAGACAUGAACCCUCUAGAGAGCAACCUGACGUCGCGGUCGCAUAAGAGAAAUAAGUCGUCUGUCGCGGUUUCGAGCUAUGCGGGUAGCGAGAUGCGUACUGGCACCCCCCUUGAGGACCGGCGCCGCUCCGGCACCCCCUACGAGGAUGUGGCUCGGGCUCCCAAAGUUCCUUUCAUGCAUACACGUCAGGGUUCGCAGCCGACCUCUGGUACCCGCGACUCCCGACAGGAUCUUCCCAGCCGCCAGAACCAGCUGUCGCCCAGCAGUUCUCCCCGGAAUUCUGUAACGCCUCAGGAACUGAAGCGCAUGUCGGCGCCCCCACGCUCGUCACACCGCAGCUCUUACAUGGAGAUUCCCCUGGGGGAGACCGGCGAGACCACUUCGCGUCCCAACUCCAGUUACUCGCGUCCAACUAGCAGUCGCCCAAGCAGCGGUACCGUGGCUUCGUACCGGGCAGAACCUAUUGAGGCUGCGCAAACAGUCCAGCCACGGGCUGCCAAGUUUAGCGAGGCGUGGUAUGCUUCCGAAUCCCUUGUCCAGCGUACACAGCAACGCAACCGAGCCAUGAACCACACCAAGCUCGUCUCCCAAAGACGGACUUAUGAAGCCCUGGACCAGCGCUACGACAUGGGUGAGUCCGACUCGGAGAACGAGAACGACUACAAGUUGGACGCUACGAAAGGGUCAGAUAACGAGAACGACGCAAGUGAUCUUGGCGCCGCCUCCGUCCCCGGCCACCCGAACCCGCUCCGGUCGAACCCCACUCCUACGCCUCGUCGCCCCAACACUCCGUUCAAAGGCGCACAGAACUCGGUGCUGUCAGACGUCGACCUCAACGACCGCCGCAUCAAUGGAAGUCAUGACAUUGCGGACGAGAAGAAGUCCAAUAGCGCCGCGACGUGGCAGCAACGCAACCGAGACAGCUCGAUUCAGCCCGAGAGCGCCUUCUUCUCGAAACCUUACGGAGAUCUCAAGCCAGGCACGCCGCCCAUCAUGGUCGGCAGCACUCGGCAGGUCUCGUCUGGCAACGACUACGACUUGAGGGCGGGCGUUGGAUCCAAUGCCUUUGGCCGCCGCCAUGUCAGCGGGAAGGCCGCCGAGGAAGGGAGAGCUGGCCAGAACAGAUUCUCCCGCUACGGUGUGCUGAAUGGGUAAGAGGCCCUAUAGAGGACGGGAGUGGAGUUUACAGCCUCUUGCCUGGGAGAGUGUGCCACGGCGGUGUGUAUGCGCGGCGGGGGAUGGGGGAGCGGGUUUGGUAGGGCACGUGGGGAUAUAUCGUGUGGAGUUUGCAUGCAUGGAAAAUGCUUGGGGCCUUCUAUUCCUCUGGCGUUUACGGGUGUUCUCGGGGAUAAUUUGGGAGACGGCCGCCAGGCUGUUCAGUGGCGUGUGCCGGAAUAAUGGGUGUCUUGUCGUUUCUGGCGGCUUUCCGUUAUUUAUUUAUGUUUGUGUGUUAGAAAUAGUUUGUUUCCAAAAGGUCCUUUUCCUUAGAGAAGAGUACAAAUGAAAAUGG